AUGUCCGUAUCGAGCUCUUUGCACGAGCCAGCAAGACCGACUGUCGACACACAGGCGCAGUUGUUAGAAAGUCAACGACUUGCACUGAAGAAGCAGGAAGUAGAACUGAAACAGCUGGGGCUGCAAGCUCAACAGGUCGAGAACCAGCAAAAGCUGGAGAUGAAGCAGUUGGAAUUGCGUGCUCGACAACACGAUGAGAAACAGCAGGAGCUGGAAGUUAAGAUGAUGGAGUUGCGCGCUAACCAUGAGAUAAAGCAGCAAAAACUUGAGGCGCUUACAAGAUUGGUGGAGUCCGGCAAGUCGCCUGCUGAAGUGCGCGGAUACUUCGCCCUGAUUGACUCAGGUGACAAAUCUAUGCCAAGGAGCCAUCAAACGUAA